CCGCCAUAUUAACUCCCAUCCUUUGUUGGAGUAGGCUAUGGCAUGCCGUCUCUACUGUUGGUCUGCUUUCUUGAUUCCAAUAAGCGAUCUCGAUGCAGAACGUUGGAGUAUUUAGAGGGCGGAAGGCGUGGAGAAGAUUGGAACGUUUCUGACCACCUUGAAUAGGGCACUUUUGGACUGAAAAUAACCUGAAGCUCAAACAGCAUGAAGCCACAACUUCUGGGACUUUUGGCUUGGUUCUUCAUGCCUGAGGUGCUGGCUCAUAACACGAUGGGCAUCCUCCUCGUCAACCGAACCGCCACCCCGGAAUGGCUCUACGUCCGCGACGUCAUGGGUCCCAACUACGAAGACGAGAUUUUUCCCUGGGGCCAAUACCACAAGACCAUACCCCAGAUGGACGUCCACCAUCCGGACAUCACCUGCGGCAGGAAGGCCUUUGCUGCUGCGGCCAACACCUCCACGGCUGAUGUCAUUGCGGGAAGUGAAGUCGGGUUCCGAGUCAGCUGGGAUGCCUACGGGCCUGGCGGGGAGUUUUACCAUAGAGGGCCCGCACAGAUUUACCUAUCGAGGGCACCCGGGGACGAUGUUGAGAACUAUCGUGGGGAUGGGGAUUGGUUCAAGAUCGCGGUUGCGGGGCCGAAGGACAAUAAUUCUUGGUUGUUGUCGGGGGAGGGCGAUUUCAACUUUAGCAUUCCGCUGACGACGCCACCGGGGAAGUAUCUCAUGCGGAUCGAACAGUUCUGGCCGACGGACUCGUACAACUACAGCCAGUGGUUUGUCAACUGUGCUCAUGUCAAUAUUAUGGGCGAGGGCGGUGGGAGUCCAGCCGGCUUUGCAAGGUUUCCGGGGACGUAUGAGAUUGAUGAUCCAGGGAUUCGGCUUCCUGGGAAUCAGAUGGUCCUUGGAUCCGUCAAAGUGGAGGAUAUGAGGUUGCUUGAGUACAAGCCUCCCGGGCCUGCUGUGUGGGCUGGCUGAGUGAAAACAUGGGGUGGGAUGGCAGGCAGAAACUUUUGAAGAGUUGAUUUUCCACGGCAAGCGUUGUGGACAAAACAUACAAGCCGACGAAAAAUGAGUAGAGCUUUGCGUCAGCCGAAAAACGAGGAGCAAUGAUGAACUGUUGAUACAUGUGUCCAAUUCGGAUCAACCUGCAUCAGUUUUGCUUGUCAAUGCCGCAAUACGCCUCAGCCACUGUCGCCACGGGAAUCAAGUGGUGUGUUUCG